AUGCAGAGAAAUAAAACAGACAACAAAACCCCUUGUAAUUCUGACUUCAAUUCUAAAAAACGUCUCAAAUUUGACAAUUCCGAGUCUCCAGUAUUCAGUCCACUUAAAGUUACCAAAAAAACUCCUGUUAAAAAUAUUCUGGAUCAUAUAAAUAAACUAAAUGAAAUUCCAACCUCAAAUCAGUGCUGUGAUUUUGACUCGUAUGUUAAAAAAUUUGUUUCAGUUACGUCAAAAAUUUCUGCUGUUUCCGAAAAUAGAGAUUCUAAAGACGCAUCGUCUCAGGAUGGCAUGUUCAGUCAAAAUUCGCAAAAUUCUAGAAAUGAUUUUUGUGGGGAUACAGAAAAUUCUUUAGAUUAUAACACCUUUAUUUCUUUUUUUAACUAUUCGGAAAAUGAUACUUCAAAAACAAAUGAAACUGCCGAUUCGAAUGCGACUCUUACGUGUGGGAAUUUUUCAGAAAUUAUUGGUUCACGUGAAGGAGAAGAACGUCUAUUUGAUUUUCCCGUUUUAGUGGAUGAAACUAAUCAGAAUAAUUUUAUUUCCAACUUAGAUGAUAUCUCAAGAACCGACGUUGUUUGUAAUAAAUAUUCUGAAUGUGAAACUAACGACUCUAUUGGAACUUAUCAAACAGAUUUGAUUAAUUUGAAUAACAGGGAUGAUAAUUCCAAUAUCAUUGAAGAUUCUUUAACCAACGCUAAUUCAAACUCUUUAAUGAUAAACAUGGACAUCAACCGUCCAUUUAGAAUCUUUGGAUCCGAUGAAAAGAAUACGCCAGAAACCUGUUGUUCAAAAGAAUCUGAAGUUAGUGAGACAAUGGAUUGUGAAUUUACUGGGGAUUCUGAUUUCCGCGAACUGGACCAAUGCAACGGUAAAACUCUGAUAAUCGAUGAUACAAUCAAUUUUAUGUCGAAUUGA